CCACCCCCACACACCCCCACACACCCCACACACGCCCCACACACCCCACACACACACCAUGUCUGCCCAAGGUGCCAUUCCCACUGCUCCGUACCGACAGGGCCGCACGCCGGGGCCUAUCUUCCCGCCACUUGGCUCACGGGUGCCUCGGAUGAUGGCCCGGGCGGCCCAGUCGCCGUGGUACCCUCCGCUCGGCCACACCCUCCCGCCGUACACCAUGGGCAUGGGCAAGCUUGCUCUUCACCGCCCGUUCCGGAACAAUGUUCUUCCGCCUCUUCUUCAUCCGGAUGCUCCGCAUAAUGCAGCUGCGGCUCAGAGCGGCCGCCAGGGUCUGCCCGGUGCCUGGCGGACGCCGCUGUCGGCCGCCAUGGCUCUAGGCGACGACAACGAGACCAACGAUGGCGCCACCGCAGCCGAUGUGGUGGUCGACAACGAAGACGAGGACGGCAACGAUGGCGGUGAGGCCGGGUCGUCCAAGAAGCUGUCUGGCGACGGUGCUGGUGACGAUGACAACCAGCAGGGUGAUGACGAUGUGCUCGACGACGAGGACGACGACGAUGCUGGUGGCGACGACUACAUCACAAACUAUGUCGACGACGACGAGGACAACCUCGAGCAUGCGUUUGAUGAUGAAGGCGACGAUGAUGGUGAUGACAACUAUCUGUGAGCCGCACAUGGCUCGCGACGCAAGGCUGCUGAAGCCCUGCCGCGCAUGAUAAAUUGCAGUACCA